CCGAAAGGAGAGACAAAUACGAAAAAGAAAAGGGGGAAAAUAAUUUGCUCCGAGCAAAUCAAUUCUUUACCAAGCAAGAAAGAAACUAACCCUUUUUUAAAAGAAGUUCAUUCCCAAGUUCUCCAAGAUAUAGCCCGACGAGUUAAUAAGAGUUUUCAAAACUUCUUUCGGAGGUUGAAAACCCAAGCAGGCAAAGCAGGAUAUCCAAGAUUUAAGCCAUUUGGGAGAUAUGACAGUUUCGCCUAUCCUCAAUCUGGUUUUAAUUUAAAGCAUAGCCAGCUAAUUCUUUCUCAUUUAGGUCAGAUUAAUAUCAAAAAUCACCGAAAAUUAGAAGGCAAAAUAAAAACUUGUUCAAUAAUAAUCAAAAAUGGCAAGCUCUAUGUCUGCUUUUCUUGUGAAAAUAUAAAAGCAAAACGGAUUAGGAAAACAAAGAAAAAAGUUGGAAUUGAUUUAGGCUUAACUUCUUUUUUGGCUACUUCUAAUGGAGAAUUAAAGAAAACUCCUAGAACUUAUCAAGAGGCUGAAAAAGAAUUAGCCAAGGCUCGAAGAAAAGUCAGCCGGAGAGUAAAAAAAAGCAAACGGAGAAAAAAAGCUGUUCAAAUAUUAGCCGCCAAGCAUGAAAAAGUGGCUAAUCAGAGGAAAGAUUUGGCUCAUAAAUUAAGUCGAGAAUUAGUAAAAAAUUAUGACCUAAUAGCCCAUGAAAAACUACAAGUAAAGAAUAUGGUGAAAAAUAGGUAUCUAGCCAAAAGUAUUAAUGAUGCUGUGGAAGAAACUGGUAAGAAAGUGGUCGAAGUUGAAGCAAGGAACACGAGCCAAAUAUGUAGCAAUUGUGGUGAAUUAAGAGAACCUAAACUGAAAUUAAGUCAGAGGAGGUUCAGUUGCUUCAAGUGUGAUUACCAAGAAAACAGAGAUAUAAAUGCUGCUCGUAAUAUCCUAAACCGAGCAGAAGGGUUAGGAACUAGCCUUCAAGGAGCAGUCUCAUUAUAG